AAGGCCAUUUCUCCUCCCAGCCUUCAUCAGUCUGCUGCAGAGAGAAAAACAAGAGCGACCCUCCUACCCACAGGAACCAGUACUACUGAGUGGACUGCAGCCUGCAAAGCAACAUGUGUAUAGAAACUUCAGCCAUGUUCUCUCUUUUCCUGCUUCUUAUUGCAUCGACAAUGGCCCAGGACUGCUCACAGCCCUGUGCUUGCCCUGCCGACCCCCCACUCUGCCCGUUGGGGACCAGCCUGGUCCUGGAUGGCUGUGGCUGCUGUAAGGUGUGUGCCAAGCAGCUGGGGGAGCCCUGCUCCAUGCUGGAGCCCUGUGACCAUCACAAAGAGGUCUACUGUGACUACGCUCUGCUGAGUGACACUGAGACUGGCAUCUGCAUGGCUCAAGAGGGUCAGACGUGUGACCUAGGAGGGGCGGUCUACCGCAGUGGGGAGUCCUUCCAGCCCAGCUGUAAGCACCACUGUGUGUGUAUGAAUGGAGAAAUCGGCUGUGUGCCAAUGUGUGCCAGUGACAUCCGGCUGCCCUCCCUCGACUGCCCAUACCCACGCCGGAUCCAGAUCCCCGGGAGAUGCUGUGAGGAGUGGGUAUGUGAGCAGAUGCCUCAGGACCACCACUACCAGUCAGUGAUUGCCGGAGCCUCUCAGAUUCAUCCCCUGCCCUCUUCAAAUCCUGACUCAGUCUUCAGACAGGUUUCUCCCUAUGGGCCACAAAGAGAGAGUCACAAAGAUAAUUGCAUAGUCCAGACAACACAGUGGAGUGAGUGCUCAGCCACCUGUGGCAUGGCCGUCUCAUCCCGUAUCACCAACGACAACCAGCGCUGCCAGCUGGAGAGGCAGACCAGGAUUUGCAUGGUCCGGCCCUGCAACAGCCAACUUGUGAAAGAAAUCAAGAAAGGGAAGAAAUGUGUCCGGACACCAAAGGCCCAGCGAGUGAUGCACUUUGAGCUGUCAGGCUGCUCCAGCACCAGGCUGUACAAACCUAAGUUCUGCGGCGUCUGUACAGACAAUCGCUGCUGCACGCCUCACACCACAAUCACAGCUGAGGUGGAGUUCCGCUGUCCAGAGGGAGAUGUCUUCAUGAAGAAGAUGAUGUUUAUCAAGACCUGCUCCUGUCAUCAUGACUGUCCUCAUGAUAACGACAUCUUCCUGGCAUCCAAUACUCGGAGGAUGAUUGGGGAUUAUGACAACAAUAUGUGACCAGAGACUUAUGCACAAAGACACAUUGAAAACCAUUCAUCAGGACUGCAACAUGCUUACAACCAAGCCAACGCUCUGCCUUUACAACCACAUGCACAUUCAGUGUAAUCCAGACUUCAAGCAAUGAGUCAGAAAUUUAUUACCUUUAGUUAAAGAGACAACAACACUUUCUUGUUUAAUUGUUGGUUUGCUUUGAGGAAAGAUGAUGAGGCCGAUGAUGUUAUGAAAUGUUUGUCUGGACAAUGGCUGGUAAGAGGCAAUACAAAAAUAGGAAAAUAGGCCUUAAAAAUAAUUUCCAAUCCAUCAGAGAUUGACACAUUAUACACAUUUGGAAGAAAAAUGCCCACAUAAAAAUACACAGUUGUCCCGGCCAGAACAAAAAAAAUCUGAAAGAAUUUAGCUUCACAUGCUUCUGCCUACAAUCAAUCCUGCCAGGUUAAGAGAUGAAGGAGAGCAAGACAUCUCUUGAAUUUAGCUUUUCUUGAAUGUUAAGAUACAAACUGACGACAUACUGAAAAAGAAAUGUAUGGAAACAUAUCAGGUCUUACAUUUUUUAAUCUGUAUCAUAAGAUCAAUCCACCAUAAGGCAGCUUCUACUGAUGCACCCUGGUACCAAGGGUCUGGUGACAGUACCCCAAAAUCCAAGAAUCUCUUCGAAAACAGUUUCUUGCAUCAGAGUUAUAUAUAGCCACGUUGUAUGGUUUUCUAUUCCAUAGGAUUCUGUUAAUGGAUAUUACUUCAGAUCACAUAUUCAAAUAUUUACAAAAUAAAUGGGCCAAGCACUUGAUUGUCUUAAUUUAGAUAAUAUUUGAAUGAUGGCUCUUAAAGCUUUGUAAUUUCAAGUAAUGCACAAUCUUGAAAAUGUAGACUUUUAUAGCACUGACAUUAUGAUCAUUAUUUGUUACAUUGAGACUCAAAGGUAAUUUAGUUCUGAUCUUGAGACAAUGAAACCAAUAUCACUGUAGGAUAACAGUCUCUAAAGAUGAAUAGGAGCACCUCAACUGCACUAUUGUUUUAAAAUCCUGAAAUAACAUUUUUUUUUUUAUCUUUAAUUAAUGAGUGACAAACUUUUUUGGGGUAUUUACAGGAAAACAGUGAAUGCUUAAAAAAUAGUGUGACAGAUGUAGAGAAACUGGCUCAAUAAUGUUAUUGAAGUUUGUUGACCGUAGUUAAGAUUAGCUGUCAUGAACCUAAUCUUAAAACAAAAUGUUAACCAAAGAUGAAGAUUAUGUUACUAUUUUUCAUAAAGGUAAUGUAUUAUGUAUUUUUUUGCAAAUGUGGCCUAAAUGAUGUGAUAAGACUUGAAUAAUGACAAUCAAACAUGGCCACUCUGUCUUUACACAGAGAAGUUGUGUUGGCUAGUUGUAUUAAAGCGUCUUUCUGAGUGUACAGGUAACACAAUGUGGGUACAUCAAUGAAAGUUGAUAAGAAAUUUCCAUUAAAAAAACUCCUGAAAUGUAACGAAAAUGACAGACUGGGGGAGAUGUAGUUCCCUGGGAGCCACAGAAAUGCUCCUGGAGAAACUGCCCACACCAAGACAUGCAAGGGGAAACUAAAGUUAAAAUAUUUGCCUUACAUUUAUUAUGUACGACUUAUUUCUCAAAGUAAUGACAAUACAGAAGACGUCAGUUUUGCUAUGACACAUUUAGUCUUUCUUUAGUCUGUUUUGACAUUGGUAGCCUCCUGAGAAGCUGGCAGUCAGUUACGUUACUGUAGAUUGGUCUAGUUCAGUGUCCUUUGUCUUUCCAAUUCCAAUAGUUUUUCUAUUCUGACGCCACAGUCUAAAGACAAGUGUAGGGAAGAAAAUUAUUUAACAUGGCUAAAAUUAAUUUGACUCCCAUUAUUAACUGAAUAUUGAAAAAAGAAGGUUAUGGACAAAUUUAGCAUUUGCUAAAUAAAACUGUGUAUAUACUGUAAGACUGUGUACAGUUUUGUACUAUAAUUUAUACAAUUUGUUUAAACACAGUAUUGUAGCUCUGUAACUGUAUUCUAUUGCUUUGUUUUUUCACUGUAGCCACCUGACUAAGAUACAAGUGAGUCAUUGUCUGUUGCACUUUUGCCUCUUUUUCAAUAAACAAAGUUUAUUUUUAUAGAUA